UUGGUGUCAAAGUUAUCUAAAUAACUAGAAAACAUGUCCCGAAACCAAAUUUACUACUCGGACAGGUACAAUGACGACUAUUAUGAGUACAGACAUGUUGUUCUGCCUCAGGAAAUGGCUAAAUGUAUUCCAACAUCCCACCUGAUGUCUGAGGAUGAGUGGAGACGACUGGGUGUACAGCAGUCCCAAGGAUGGAUCCACUACAUGAUCCACGAGCCAGAGCCCCACAUCCUCCUGUUCAGAAGACCUAUACCAAAGCAUUGA